AUGUGGCGGCAGCUGGGCUCUGGAGCCAGGCUCCUGAGCGCCUUGCCUUCAGGUCCCUAAUUCCCGGCCUCAGAUGACCAGGGGAAGCCUGGCGGGCCGCGGUGCCAGGAGCGUGCCGCCCCGCCCCCUGGGCGCCAGCUGCAGCACGCGUCAGCCCGGGCCGAGCGCGGGUCCCAAACGUCCCUCCAGCCGCCGGCCACCAUGCCGCGCUCCUUCCUGGUCAAGAGCAAGAAGGCGCACAGCUACCACCAACCGCGAUCCCCGGGGCCGGACUACUCGCUCCGCCUGGAGACGGUGCCCGCGCCCGGCAGAGCAGACGACCCUGUGAACGCAGGCCAAGCGAAGGCCGAGCCCCGAGACCGUUCGUCCCCCGACUCUCAGCUAGCCGAAGCUCACGACAAAGCCUCCGCGUCGCCCACCAGCUGCGAAGGCAGCGUUUGUGACCCGAGCUCCGAGUUCGAGGACUUCUGGAGGCCUCCUUCUCCCUCGGUGUCCCCGGCCUCGGAGAAGUCGCUGUGCCGGUCCCUGGACGAAGCUCAGUCCUACACCCUGCCGUUCAAGCCCUACGCGUGGAGCGGCCUGGCGGGGUCCGACCUGAGGCACCUGGUGCAGAGCUACCGGCAGUGCACCGCCCUGGAGCGCAGCGCCGGCCUGAGCCUCUUCUGCGAGCGCGCCGCCGACCCGGGACACCCGGCCCCGCUGUACGGCCCCGAGCCCGCGGCGGGCGCAGCCGGUGCGGGCCCACCCGGCAGCUGCGGCGCGGCAGGCGGAGCCACCAGCGGCGCGGGCCUGGGGCUCUACGGAGACUUCGGGCCUGCGGCGGCCGGGGUGUACGAACGGCCGAGCGCAGCAGGCGGCCGGCUGUACCAAGAUCGCGGCCACGAGAUCCACGCGGACAAGAGCGUGGGCGUCAAGGUGGAGUCCGAGCUGCUGUGCACCCGCCUGCUGCUGGGCGGCGGCUCCUACAAAUGCAUCAAAUGCAGCAAGGUGUUCUCCACCCCGCACGGGCUGGAGGUGCACGUGCGCCGGUCCCACAGCGGCACGAGGCCAUUUGCGUGCGAGAUGUGCGGCAAGACCUUCGGGCACGCGGUGAGCCUGGAGCAGCACAAGGCUGUGCACUCUCAGGAACGCAGCUUUGACUGCAAGAUCUGCGGCAAGAGCUUCAAGAGGUCGUCCACGCUGUCCACACAUCUGCUCAUCCACUCGGACACCAGGCCCUACCCCUGUCAGUACUGUGGCAAGAGGUUCCACCAGAAGUCAGACAUGAAGAAACACACCUUCAUCCACACAGGUGAGAAGCCCCACAAAUGCCAGGUGUGUGGCAAAGCAUUCAGUCAGAGCUCCAACCUCAUCACCCACAGCAGGAAGCACACGGGUUUCAAGCCCUUUGGCUGUGACCUGUGUGGAAAGGGCUUCCAGAGGAAGGUGGACCUCAGGAGGCACCGGGAGACGCAGCACGGACUCAAAUGA